AUGACUAUGAAACAACCUGUGAAAAGUGGUUCGAAAUUGUUUUUAGCCAAAAUAAAAGAAAAUCGUAAGAAAACUUUUAGGAUGGUGGAGAAAUUAGCGAAACAGCCCGUAUUAUUCAAACAGCUCACCAAAGAAUUUUCCAAUACAGCAACAGAUCUUAUAUCUUCUAUGAAAUCUACGAGUGAUCAUACCAUUUAUCUAAAUUCGAUAGUGGAAACGGAACUCAUUGUUUUCUUGUUGAAUGUGAUGUUAAAGUCAUCAGGAGCCCGUCAUAUGCUGGUUCAAAACGAAUUGUUUUCUUUAUUGAAGAAAUUACAUCAAUCACUUAAUAGUAUUUCACCUCCAUUUAAUGGUACCACCUUAAGAGAGUUGUCAAUUCAGGACCGAAUUCGAGAUCAGCAUAAUUCCAGUGAACAGGAUCCAAGUCCAGCGCAAAUUUCAAAUAAUAAUAAUUAUAUUAAAGCAAGUGUAACUGAUCGUAAUGAAGAAAAUUGUCAAAUACUCGUUAACAAUAUUGAUAAUAAUGUGACCAUAACAUCUGUUAGUAAAUCUGAUUGUAGCACAUUUGCUGCUGAAAAAUCAAAACGUAAAUCAUUAAAACGUUCAAGAAAGUUUAGUAAUAAUGACGAAGAGUUUCUGAUUUGUAAAUAA